UAUUUUCAACUAUAAUUUGAUUCACGCGCAUCACAUUCAUUGUGACGUCAUUUUUGAUUAGAACACGAUGAUGACGUUAUUGAUAUUUCAUACGGAAUUGUGACGUCACCACCCUACAUCUGGCCUUGCAAAAAGCAUAUUAAAGCCAAUAAUAUUGUUUUUUUCUGGGCCAAAUUAGCUUUAAAAUGCCACACAAUGUGGAUAGGGAAGGAGUUGAAAAUGCAUACGAAAAUGUGCGUAAUGACACCUCGAAGGAGACUUGGGCAUUGUUUGGCUACAGUGACAAUGAACAAAUAGUUCACCUCAAAUCUGGUGUAGACUACUGUGACUUUUUAGGUGCAUUUGCUGAUGAUCAACGGCUGUACGGAUUUGCACGGAUUGAGACUGGUGACGAGAUGAGUAAGCGGGCAAAGUUUGUGUUCAUAACAUGGAUUGGCGAUAACGUAUCUCCGCUCAAAAAGGCUAAAGUUAGCACGGACAAGGGAAAUGUCAAACACUACAUAAUGAAUUUUGCAAUAGAAGUUUUAACUAGUGACGUGAAUGAUCUAAAGUAUGAAACACUUCAAAGCCAAGUAGAUAAGGUCGGUGGUGCUCACUAUGGAACUGGCAAGUAACUACACAGGGAUUCCACAUACAUUUUYUGGCAUUAUCAUCAAAACAUUUGCGGGGAACAAUGCAAUGAGUCAGUGSUUAGGAUGCCUGAGAACGGAUGCCUGAGAACGAUUGUCUGGAUUCGUUAACUAUCAGUGCACCGAAGUUUACAUUUGCGGCCAGCAUGGACCGAUUUUGCAUACAGAAAAAUCUUUGCUAACUUAAUUUGAUCAAGCUUGCUUCAGCUAAAUAAAGCUUCC